CAAUCAUAUAUGGUUGUCUAUGAUUUGAAGUCAAAGUCAAGUAAGUUGUCAUGUCAAGUCAAAAUCAGACAUAAUAGAAUUUUCCGAACACUACCUACCUACUCCUUGGAAUAGAAUCAUUUCAUUUUCAAUACGUAUUCUUUCAUUUCACAUAGAUUGUUAAGAUUUUUGAGGCACUGAUUGGUGAAUUGAAUGAAAACAAAAAAAAUACUGAUAAGAAAUGGAAAACAAAGUAGCGAUUGUUUAGGUUUUAUUUAUAAAUAAGCAAGUUGAUAUCAAAAACCUUGUGUUGAUUACGUCCAGCGCUGUUUUAAAUGACAAAAUCUACGAAACAAUUAUUAUUAUUUUACAAUUUUACUGUGGUCGUAACGUGUUGAUGAGUGUUCGUUUAGAAAAGAGUCGUAAACAAGUAACAAGUGCGGCUAAGUACGGUACCUACUGACUGGUUGAAAGAUGGCUUUAGGAGGAUCAACUUAUUUAAAAAGCGCCACAAUGCUUGAACAAUUACUGGAAGAAAUCAAUUUUCAAAGGACCAAAGAGAUGCGUCAGCUGAUGAAGGAUGAUUGUGGUUUCGUAGUUCUGCAAGGAACAACAUACUGGACAGAUCUGUUUGUGCGGCACUUUCUGUUCCAAGAGGAGCAGUCGAUAGACUGUGACGACUUGUUGUUUUUUGUUAGAAAGCGACACGUGAAGGGAUCAUCCCGCUACCUGCCCAAGUACGAGACCGACGUCGAGGUGUUCCGCAAGGAUUCCAAGAAAUUGCCCAUCGGAGACCCAGAAAUCGACUGGGAGGAGACGGUCUACCUUAAUCUGAUCGUGCAUCAGUUCGACUAUACGCUAACGCUGGCCAUUUGCACGCGGACCAGCCCCAAGGAGCUGCAGGUCCUCAAACGGCACUCGCAAAAGGUGUACGCGUCGCCGAGUCGCCGCAAGAUGGACACCAAGGGCGAGGGUGAGGAGAUGACAUACCCCCACAUCUGCUUCAUGGUGGACAACUUUGACGAGGUGUUCUGCGACAUAGUGGUCCGUGACGGGGAGAUGGUGUGCGUGGAGCUGGUGGCGCGAGGCCGCGGCUGCGCGCCCCAGGCCGUCAUUUUCCUCGGCUCCAUCCGCUACGACAUACUCACCAGGGUCUACGACUCCAGGCAAACGUCGCUAUCCACGAAAGUGGCGCAGCGCAUGUCCUUCGGGCUGCUGGGAGGGAAGGCGGCGGCGCGGUGUGAGUUCGUGCGGAUGAAGGGGCCCAGCGGCAAGGGACACGCUGAAAUGGCGGUGUCCAGGCCACGGGCCGCCGGGCUUGAUACACCCACCUCCGAGCCCGGCCUGUCCGCCACCGACAUGUGGGACAGCGACUGGGACGACGACCCCGAGGAGAUGUUUAUGUACAGACAUCAGCGCCGACUGAGCGACCCGAGCGCCAACAUCAACAACUUCGUGCGCGGCGGCUGGCGCACGCGGGACUCGCGCGACAAGAGCCGCUCCGAGAACGAGGGGCUCGACUCCCUCGUCAACGGCAUCGCCGAGGUGGAGGCCGGGGACCUGCGCGACGAGUUGGACGACGGCGCGUACAACCCGCUGUGGGCCAUGCGUGGGUUCACGCAGACGUUCCACCUGUGGAAGGAAGGCAAGCGCCAGCAGUCCACGCCGCUCAACGCGUACCUCACGUACGUCACGCUGCCGUGGUGGACCAUCGCCAAAGACAUCCUGGACCACCGCGAGGAGCCGGUGCUGACGUUCUGAGCGCGCCGACACUCGGACACGGCCGCGGACUGACGCACAAACAUCGACAUCGUUCCACUUAUCUAUAAGUAAACAUGCUCCAAUUGAUAUUGUGCAGCGGUACUCACGUUACCAGUACCUACCAGUUGCCAGAUGUUGACAAUAUUCCUUCCAAAAACUUGCUCUCAACUAAAGUGCCUAGUAACAUACAGUUUGUAAAAGAUUUUAAUUUCACCACACAACACACUGCGACCCUAAGCUUCUUGGGUAAAUCGAUAUUUAGUUGUCAGAUAUUCACUUGCGGAAUGCCAUUCUAAGGUUAUUGUUACCGAUUGAUCGAUUAGUGAGUAGUCGAGCCAUGUUAUCAAUAAGUGGUACUGCACUAUUUCUGGGAUAAUCUUUUCUACUGCUCCUUUCCUCUUAGUACAAUGUUUUGCAUUUCGAAACGAGUUUUUGGUGUGAAUAUUUCCAACAUAAUACAGUGAAACUUGGUUAAGUGGGACCUGGAUAAGUGAGAAACCUCCUCAACUGGAACUCAUGCAAAGGUCCCAACAUUUUGGCACUGAAUUACCUCUGUUAGUGGGACGAGGUAAACUCUAUAUCUGGGAUUUGUUCUUUCGAUUUAUCAU